CCACAUAGCCGACAAUUUUAAAGCCUCGCUGGAAGUUUCGUUGCAAAAUUUGCUAAACAAUUUGGCUCACGUUUUUCGUCCGGAGAAGGUCAUCUUGUCAAUUAUUUUGAAAAACCAUCUCACUUCCGCUUUUAGGUUUCAAGUUGAAGCCUUCAUAAUAUUUCCACAGCUACAACAAACCAGGUGCUGCCAACAUGGCUAUGGUGAAGAGUGGCUGGCUCCACAGGCAAAGUACCAUACUGCGGCGCUGGAAGAGGAACUGGUUUGACUUGUGGUCGGACGGACGCCUGGUCUUCUAUAACGACCAGCAGCGCCGGGACAUGGAGGACGACAUUCACAUGAGGGUGGACUGCAUCAACAUCCGCGGUUGCGCCACGUGUCAAGAGUUGAACCCUCCGGACGGGAAGACGCGCGACGCUUUGCUGCAGAUCGUGUGCAGGGACGGAAGGGUUAUCAGCCUCUGUGCGGACAGUGCAGAUGAUGCGCUGGCAUGGACCAUGGCACUGCAGGAUGCCAGAAUUAAUACGAUGGUCGCAACUCCUCAGGUGGGCUUCACGCCGGAGGUGAUGGACCCCGCUCCACCGCCAUACUCAGAAUACGCCACCCCACCCCAGUUCUACACUCAGGGCCAGUACGGAGAUUAUGUUGCACCUUCUCCGCAAGCGACACAGAUCGUCUAUGCUGCCGACGGGCAGCCCUAUGCCGUCGCAUACCCUUAUCAGUACCCAGGUGGCUACACCGCGCCCGGCGUCAACCACGUGGUGAUCCAGGAGCGCCAGCGCGACAACGGCGGGGACGUGGCCAUGGGCAUGCUGGCGGGAGCGGCGACGGGUCUGGCGCUGGGCUCGCUCUUCUCCGUCUUUUAAGUAGUUUGUGCGUUGGCGUUUGUCUACGAGAGCAAAUAUCGCUUCCUGUCCACUCCACACGUUUAUGCAGCAAUCUGCUUCCUCUCUGCCUACGACGCGUUCAGGACGGUCCUGAAAUAUUCAAUUAACUUCCGCACUUUCCUCAAAGCUUUCAGACAUCACGAUGCUGGUUGAUUUCUAUGCAUCCAUUUUCUGUAACGUUUUCCCCAUGAGGAUGGCACCUGAGCUGGUGUCCGUCCAAGGCCGGAAAGUAGUCACGGCGCUUCACUUUUUCCACAUUUAUUUAUGUCCAGUGUGAAGCCCAGCAUGUUCGCGGUUCGGCAUUCAAGAAUUCGCAGAUUUUUGGAGGGAACCUAUUCCUCGUUAUUCGCUGAAAAACUUAAUUAUGUGCCCAAGGAAGUAAAAUAUGUUCAGGUUAGUUGAGAAAUUUCAUUUCAAUAUAAGUGUUGUGGCACCAUCUUGUGGCAUCAUUGCUGAUUUUUUGCUGUUCACGGUGUGAUUCCUAUACAUGUGAUGUCUUUGUUUGUUUGUUUUUUUUUUUUAAUACAUUUGUUAAAACAAACUAAUCCCUUUUGAAAUACGGCUAACAAAACAAAAUGUGGAAAAGGCAAAGAGCUGUGAAUACUUUGCAGAUGCACUGAACACCGUGGACUGGCUGAUGAAGAAAUCCACGCAGAACAUGCAAACUCCAGAAAUUCGAACCAGGAACCUUUUGACGGUGAGGCAGAAGCGUUAACCACUUAAUCAUUAUGAUUUCAUUUCUUCUUCAUCAGCAUUUUUUAGUGAACGAUAGAUACAUCGCUUUAUCAUUGGACAGCACAGCGAUGCAUGCGGCUAUCACCUCUGCCUCAGUCAGAGGUUCUGGGUUCGAAUCUCUGCUUCAAUAAUUUCAGGAGUCUUCAAUUAACCUCACAUGUCUUUGGAAUGGGAGGAAGCAUGGGUACCCAGAGAAAACCCACGCGAAUGAAUCUGGUCAAACGCUCUCUAUCGUGAAGCCUUUAGGAACAUUUUAACAUUCUUGUAUUGACAUAAAUUAACUGUACUUCUCACAUUGUGCUGGUUAUCGGCACCCCCCCCCCCCCCCACCAUCACUGGUAUCCUGAUGUGGUGGCAUGACGAAAAAGAAAAAGAAAAAAGUCACUUAUUACUUCACUGGCUUUGAUGGGUGUUGAAUUCAAAUAUCCAUGUUAACAUGGAGGCCUGGCUGUGAUCAACUGUAAAUUGUACCACUUUUAGGGUUACUGUACGUUGAUCUUAAGAGCCAUAUAUUUUUUUGUUUGUUUUCUACUGUGUCGUUCGUUAUAUGUUGGAUUUUUUUUUCACAUUUUUUGUUUGUAAAACAUGGUACACCAUUUGAUUUGGAAUGUGGUCAUAUGACAACGUUAGCUCUUCUCGAUCAACUAGCUCAAAUUCACGUAAUCUGUUAGGUACACCAGCUACACUCCUCAUUUACCUUUCAUCCAAAGAAAGAAAAGUUUCUCGAUAGGCUGGUCUGCAGUCUUCUACGUCCAUGCCUUUCUAAUUUCCUCAUGUAUUAUUAGUUGCGUCUUCCCUUUUUCACAAAGAAAACAGAAGUUAAAUGUGAUCGUUUUGUUUCAUACUGGCAGCUCCUAUAUGGUGUGUUUCAUUACAUUUCAUUGAGCUGAUUUUGUUUGUGUGGAGAUCCAGUUACAUUUCUGUUCAUUUUAUUAUACAGUAUACUAAUACAUUAAUUUAUAUCAUUUCAGCUCAGUCUGACAUGACUUUGUUCUCAGUAAAAAUUAAGUUAAUUUAUAGCACUAACGGAAGCAAUGUGUGAAACUCGAUGUUAUUUCCUAGCAAAGAUGUCAAGCUAAAUGUACUUAAUUAUAAAUAACCCCACAUUUAAAUGUAUAACUGUUUAGCUGAGAGAUGUAUUUUAACAAAUAAAUAUUCACAAUAUCA